AUGUUCGUCUCCUUCUUCUUUAGAACAAAAAACUGUGGAGAUUUGGGGUUUUUGUUACAGGUGUUCAAAUGUAACGGUGGGACGAUGGUCGUUGAAGAAACAGAUGUGAAGGGUGGUUAUUGGUGGUGCGAAGGAGAAGCAUGGGGCGAUGAAGCCUGCAAUAUUGAUCCGAAAACAGGAAGAACAUGGGAGGGUGAAGCAGAUCGAAAGCAGCAACGGGAGGUGGCGAUGGCAGCUUUGCCUAUUCCUUCCUCUUCUUCGGUUUGUGAACAACCAUUGGAGAGAGUGAGAGGCGACACCGGUGAUGUAGGGGUUAUGGGUAUUAGGAGAAUUGGGAAUGAUGCUGACUACUAUGAGUUUAUUGAAACGGGUUAUAGUGAUGAAGUUGGUCUAACAAUGAAUGUGUAUAUAGACCACGAAAAUGAACCUGUACUUGAUUGGACUGAUAUGGAAGUAGUAGAAGAUGAUGAAGGGCAUUAUUCUGAGCCAGAUGUGGAUGAUGAUAAAGAGUCACAACUUUCUGAUGAUAUUCCAUAUGAGCAUGAAGCAGAUGGUUACAUUCCUUCUCUUGACAAAACUGUUGGUGAUGAAUUCUUACACCGGGUGUCGGGUACUUCUAAGGAUAAAAAUGAUGAGCUUGAAACUGAUGAGGUUAAAACCAACAAUGGGGAUGACAAACCAGUGUACCCUGUCCAUAAUGAGAACCAGAAAUGGGACAAAAUGGUGCCAAUUCUAGGUAUGAGAUUCUCUAACCCUAUGGAAUUGAAAAUUUGUUUGACUAACUAUGCAGUGAAGAAUGGGUACAAUCUUUAUUAUGAGAAAAAUGAUAGUCAGAGAGGCCAACUGUUAGCAGCUAUGGGUAGGGAUGCAAACAACCACAUCUUCCCUAUUGCAUGGGUUGUGGUGGCAGUAGAAAAUAAGGAAACAUGGAAGUGGUUUCUUGACCUCCUACUAUAUGAUAUUGAAAUGGGAAUUGGUCAUGGAUUUGAUGGGUUUUUGGGAUUGGUAAAGGCUGUCAAAGAAAGAGUUCCAGCAGCAGAGCAUAGACAAUGUGCUAGGCACAUCUAUGCUAACUUCAAGAAAAGAUUCAAAGGUGAACAAUAUAGGAAGUUGUUUUGGGCAGCUGCUGCAAGUACUAAUCAACCUAAAUUUGAGGCAGAAAUGAAUUCCAUAAAAACAAUUGAUCCUUUUGCUUAUGAACACCUCAUGGAAAGGGACCCUAAAAGUUGGUGCAGGGCAUUCUUUAAAGUGGACAGGGCUUGUGAUGCUUAUGAGAAUGGCAUAUUAGAAAGUUUCAACUCUGUUAUUGAUCUUGCUAGGAAGAGACCACUCCUCACCAUGUUGGAAGAGAUUCAGAUUUAUGCAAUGGAGAGGAUGUAUAGAAUGCUGCUAGAGGGACAAAGUUGGUGUAAUUUAAAAAUAUUCCCAUCUAUAAGAUUAAAGAUAUCAAAGUUAAAGAAACAGCAAAGAUUUUGGGAGUUAUACCUUCUGGGGUACAAAAAGAUGAGGUUAGGAUUGGAAAUGAGGGAUAUGCUGUGGACCUUAACAACAACACAUGUGGAUGUAGAUCUUGGCAAGUAUCAGGUAUCCCAUGUGUGCAUGCAGUGGCAGCCAUUUAAUACCUUAACAGGAAUGCAGAGGAUUAUGUUGCACCAUGGUUCCAUACAACCAUGUUCUUGA